CAAACCAUAUUUUAAGGCACGAAAUUGUGUUAAAUUAUUGUUUAUGGUUUACUUUAAAAAAGUUCGGAAUGUUUGGUUUUACAUUCGAAUGUGAUUGCGAAUUCGUAUAUUGCGCUACUUGUUGGUUUAAAUAGUUUAUAUGCUACUUGUAAAUGGGAACCUUUAGUUUUAAUUGCCAGAAUCAAGAGAAAUGUUUGUUAUUAUUGUUGGCUGGGAUGAAUAAUAUACAUAUGUAUAUAUUCGAAAUAUGUUUAGCUCUCUUUCAAAUAAACUCAAUAAAAUCGAUUUAAUCACAAUUGGUAAUAUUUUGUUCGUACAUAAAAUGUACAAACUUAAGUUGAAACAUCUUAAAAAACGAUAUAUUUUUUUAAACGACAAAAUAGUAUAGUAUAGUUCGAGUAUCAUGUUUUUUCCAGUGCAGUCAUAACUAUAUUUGCCAUAAGACUGAGGCGUAUAAAUUGGAUUUAAACUGGAGUUGUCAGGCUAUUCUGGCGUUAACCAGUUCGCGGACAGAACACCUAAAAUGGCGCAGUUUAAGUUUCUUAGACCCCUGGUGACAGUAUUGGUUAAUCGUUCUGGAAUCGGAAAAGCCAGUGUUUGGCACGCGGUGAUCGUUACGUUUAUGCACUACUUUUCCUGGGGUCUUCUCACCGUGCCCUUCAUCGAGAAACUGUCGGGAUCGUUUGGGAAUCGCGUCCUUCUCGUCGAUGGACUGGUUUACGGAGUUAGAGGAAUCCUGGGAUUUGUGACCACGCCUGUGAUGGGCGCCAUUUCCGAUUUCCGUGGCCGAAAAGUGGUGAUGCUACUGGCUGUGGCCACCACCUACGCUCCAAUUCCAUUCAUGAUGUUGAAGAGUUGGUGGUUCUUCGCCAUUCUCACUGUGAGCUCCAUCUGUGGGAGCACUUACUCCUCUUCAUUGGCCUAUGUGGCAGACACAACCAGUGUUGAGAAUCGUUCAAAAGGAUAUGGCUUUGUGGCGGCCAGUUUUGGGGCUGGAAUAGCAUUUUCGCCAUCGUUGGGGAAUUAUUUGAUGAAAUCGUACGGGUCUGCAUCAGUUAUUUUGAUAGCCACCAUCACUGGCAUGAUGAAUAUCUUGUUUAUCAUAUUUGCGGUGCCAGAGAGUUUAGUUUUGAAGGAGAAAAAGGUUAUGUUGAAUGAAAUGAAUGAUAACAAGGUGGAGGACACGAAAGCGGAGGACAUAAGCCCAAAGGAAAAGAAAGAGAUCUUAAAUGGAGAAGUAAAGUUGACCGUUGAAUCGAAGAAACCCACCUCACAGAAUCUAGUCGCAAGUAAAGAGCAGGACCAAGAGUUAAACAAAGAGGAAAACCUACAGAAUGAUUUAACCGAAAAGGAGAAAGAUGAUACUGAAUCCCUAAACACUUCCGAUCUUUGGAAAGUGCUGCGUAAAAGUCGUAAGGAUAAGAACCUACUCGUGAUAUACUUCAUAACAUUCCUGUCGAUUUGGCCCUUUGCAGGAGUGGAUUCUACUGCACCCGUGUAUCUGAAAACAAAUAUGGGAUUUGAGUACGAGGAGGUGUCCAUGAUGUUGGGAUUACUGUCUGUCCUGGCGAUCACAUCCAAUAUCCUCCUCGGUUAUAUUAUGAAUAUAGUAGGGGCCAAGUGGUCGAUCCGUCUGGGACUUUUACUGUUGUUCUUGCAAAUGCUUUUCUUCGGCUUUGGAACCCAUCAUUGGAUGUACUGGUUAAGCAGUAUCUUGGCCGCACUGGCAACAAUUAUUCCCGCUGCCAAUAACGCGGUGGCUUCCAUCUACGCCAGUCCCGAGAAUCGGGGUGCUGUCCUGGGCAUUAUCUCUGGCAUCGAGUGCUUGAGCGAGGGUGUGGGACCUGCCUUUUUUGGAUUGCUCUUCUUCAUUUUCCAGGAUGAUUCGGAUACUGAUCUUAAAGUAAAUUCUCCAAUUCCAAUGCCCUUCGUCAUAAGUGCCAUUAGUGUAUUUGUGGCCAUCGUCUUGAGUGGUUUCAUUCAGAAGGAUACUCUUGGAAAUGAAGAAACUAGAGACGCCAACGAAAGCCAUCUUUAAAGGGGAAAAAUAGAGAUAUUUAUAACUAGAUAUUAAGGACUGCUACUGUGGUUUGGAUUGUAAAGAACGCAGACUUACGUUAUUGUAAUUUAACUAAUUUUUAACUUAAUUAAAGUCUUUAACGCGAAA